AUGUCUGCUACACAAUUUGCUGAUGGAUUUCAAGCUUUUACUGAAAAUCCACAUAACUUUUUAUAUGCCUCCAAUUUGACAGAGAUUUGGGCCUUCGAAAAAACUGGUGAGGUUUAGCAGUUUUUUUUUCAACUUUUAACAUAAGGAAUAACAUUUUUAGAUGGAUCAAUUCUUGGAGGUGGAAAACUUGCAACAAUUUCUACAACUCAAGAAGGUGCAACUUGGCAAGUAUCCACAUUUCCAGCGAUUCGUGAACCAUCUGAAAAUAUUAAAGAAACAUUAUUCAGCACUGGUUUUGAUGCACAUCUACUUUUGACCCUAAAAUCAGGAGAAGCUAAAUUAGUUGCAGCUUAUCAAUGGGAUUAUGAAACAAAACAAUUCAAGGAAUAUCCUUUAGAAAUUGAUUCAUCAGAAGUUUUGGAGCAAGGUGAAAUUGAUGUUGUUGUGGCUGAACAUUAUGUUGCAAGCACUCAGAAAAUUGUGAUUCUUUCUGGUUUGAGUGGAUAUCAUUUCUAUUUGUAUGACUUUUUAGAUGAUCGUUCGAAAAUUACUGGAGAAUAUGUUGGAUUUGUUGAAGCCAACGGGGUGAGUUCUACACGAAGAAGAUCUUUUGAACUUGAAUAUAUGGGUCUGAAAAUUCCCCAAAUUUCUAAAUCAAAUAUUUUUCAGCGUGGUCGUGCUCUCAACGCUUUUUCCAAUGAGAAAUUCGUCUAUUUCACAUUUGGAAGAGAAGGUUGUGGAUUCCGCUGGGAUCGAUCAACAGUUUUGAGAUAUGAUCUCAUCGAAAAAGAGUUGACUGAAUUGCCAGUCGCUGGAGAUGGCCCAACAUUUUUAUAUGAUGGAGCAGCUUCAACUUGGUAUAUUCCAAAUGAAUUCUGGGGAUUCUGUGUUGGUAGACAUACUGGAGGAUUUGAUGGACAAUCAUGGGUUAUUGAAGGAUUGGAACAAAAUGAACUUCGAUGGGUUAAACGAGAUGCGGAAUUUGAGAGUUUGGGAGAGGAAGAGGAUUAUGUUGUUGUAACAAGUCCAAUUGCUGUAGCUACGUAUUUGAUCACAAAAGAGAAAUCAUUGCAAAUCCAUCAUAAUUAA